AUGGCCCGGUUCAGUCUCUCAUUCCUCUCUAUUUUCCUCGUCCUUGCGGUCCUCACUCUCUCCAUGCCCACCAAGCGUGAUGAGCAAGCCGCCGGUGAGCCGCUUGGCCUCGCUGGUACUGUUGGCAAUUUGAUUCAAUCCACCAAGUUGAUGGAUGGUCUUGACAAGGACAGCCAAAAGGAAAAAGCGGACAAGAAGGUGGCCCUGAAGGAGCAGGCCAAAGAGGAGGAGACCAAGGCCUAUGCGAAGAUGGCUGAGAAGAGUGCGGCUGCUGCCAACCCUACUCCCACUCCCACCCCUACCAAGAAGCUAUCCUCCGGAAAUUUUGUGACCCCAACUACUACUCCCACCCACAAGCCCACAUCUGAGCCCAACGCUUUGGGCAAUCUCCCCCUCAUCGGAGGUAUUCUCGGUGGUACCGGCGUCGGUCUCUGA